AUGCUCAAUAGUAAUGUCUUACUACGUACUAGACAGUGUUUUUGUGUGAACUUUGCGAGACCUUUAAGCAUAACUACUUUACAUAGCAGUAAAAAUGUAAGUGUACCUAAUAUCUUCAAAAUUAUUUUUUAGCGAAAUUAUCGGCAGAAGUUCAAAGUGCCAAGUGCCUUCAAAAAGGUGCCUAUAGUUAACAAGACAGUGGAGGACUUGGUAUCACCGGUGGAAGUUAGAGUACGGCAGACGUCAAGCCGGGUGUCUAACUUUGAAAAAGAAGCAGGAAUAAAGCGUCAGGAUGUAUCAUCUAUUCUCGAUAAGUUUUGUCGUCGAGCAGAAGUCAGGGAGCAAGCAGGCGUUAACGGCAUUAACGACAAGUUGUUCAUGAGGUGUUUUUCGGUGUUUAGAGACAGAUGUCUAGACCCUACUCAACGUGGUCCAGCUUUAGAAGUACUUUUAAACGACAUAAAAGACCAUGGCCACAGUGUAGAUCUGUUGUUUCCUCAAUUCUUGGAACAUUCAAAACGGGUUUUUCCUCAUUUGGAAGCAUUAGAAGAACUUAAGCACAUCUCUGACCUAACUCAGCCUCACACUUGGUACGAAGGAACCAGGUCUAUUUACAGGAAAAUUAUUUUUCAUGCAGGUGAGGGUUGUCUUACUUUUAUAUUUUUGUGAAUUUAGGUCCAACGAAUAGUGGGAAGACUUACAAUGCUUUAAAAGCGUUCCGUGAGGCUGAUACUGCAGUUUACUGUGGUCCUCUAAGGUUAUUGGCAACUGAGGUAUUCAGAAAGAGCAACGAACUUGGAGUAGAUUGUGAUUUGGCUACAGGAGAUGACAGACAGUUUGCCAAUAGUAACCACGAGCCAGCGAAGCAUUUAUCUUGUACGGUGGAGAUGUUGUCACUUGAUAUGCAGGUUGAUGUUGCUGUUAUCGAUGAGAUUCAGAUGCUGAGAGAUGACCAACGAGGUUGGGCAUGGACACGAGCUCUGCUGGGUGUAUGUGCUAAGGAAGUUCAUGUUUGCGGAGAACCAGCUGCUUUGGACAUUGUUUGUAAAGUCUUGGAUCCUAUUGGAGAGCAUGUAGAUGUUAGGACUUACGAGAGGAAGUCUCCAUAUUAUGUUAGUAACCAUGCUUUGAAGACUAUAGAGAAUGUACAGGUAAUUUACUAUUAAAAAUAGAUUUUUUUACUUUUUACAGAUUAUGAGAUUGUAACCUGUUUCCAAUAGUAUUAUAUAUUAUAAUGAAAUAUUUAUAGGAUGGAGAUUGCAUCGUAUGUUUUAGCCGGAAGAAUAUCUUGGCCGUGACUAGACAAUUAGAACGCCGAAGUAUCCCAUGUGCUGUUAUCUAUGGGGCUAUGCCGCCUCAAACAAAACUAGACCAGGCUGCUCGAUUUAAUGAUCCUGAUGAUGGAACAAAUGUUUUAGUAGCUACAGACGCCAUUGGAAUGGGAUUGAAUUUGAACAUCAAAAGGAUAAUAUUCUUUUCUCUGAGUAAGGGCAUUUUACUGAUACCUAAUUACCACGCCCUUCAAAUCGCUGGACGGGCUGGCAGAUACGGUACUCAAUAUGCAGUUGGAAAAGUGACAACUUUCUUUGAGAGGGAUUUGGGAUUACUGAAGGACGUUUUGGACCAGCCGGUUAUUCCUAUUCAGCAAGUGGGUAUUGCACCAACUUUCGAGCAGUUCGAGUUGUUUGCUUAUCACUUGCCAAAGGCGUCGUUCGUCAACCUUCUGGAUAUUUUUGUGUCUUUAUGUUUGGUGAGUUUUGUGUUUAAUGUGUCGUACAGUUUUUAAAUUUUGAAAUUAUGUAAGGUUUUUAGGUCAGUGAUGAUUACUUUUUGUGUAACACAGAAGAUAUCCGCGAACUGGCUGUCUUGAUUGAUAACAUACCUCUUGAACUCGCUGUUCGAUUUAACUUUUGUAAGGUUCCUUUGAAGGUCAAGGGUCCUUUGGGUACAUAUUUCCAGAAGAUGGCUCGACGAUAUUCAUCUGGAUUUCCUUUGACAGAAGAUUGGAUGGCACAGAUGAUCGAGUGGCCUGCUAAGCCUGCCGAAACUCUGAAUGACAUUUUAUCGUUGGAAUACAUGUACGAAAUCUUGACGGCUUACGUAUGGCUUGGUUUGAGAUACGAGGUAAAUUGUUGGAUAGGUGUAUUUUCAUAAAAUGCUUUGAUUUUUUAAGACAUAAGUGUAUUAAUUUUAUUGUAAAGCUUUUUUUGAGUAAACUUAAAAUAAUUAUUUUAGCACAUGUUCCCUGACGUGGAUGUAGUGAAGCAGUGGUCGACAGAAGUGGCUGAUCUCAUUGGAGACGGAAUACAACGGCUGAUAUCUUGUCAACCCGAGAAGCAGAGUCGGGUUACUUCAGAAGAGUUUCCAGACGACGAUUCGUGA